GCUGGGGAGGACUUUGGAAGCAAUUGAAGAUCUGUUUGAUUCGGCUGCUGAUGAAGAAGGGGGUAAGAAUCUUGAAAUGGAAAAGUGGUUGCAAAAGCUUCAGUUUGUUGUUUAUGAUAUUCAAGAUGUCAUGGAUGAUUUUUCUUAUCAAUCAAAGCAUUAUCAAAAGCACAAGGUAAAAUCCCUACUUUCACUCUCCAACCCAGCGUUAUUUGCUUUCCCAGCGUUAUUUGCUUUCCAAAUGUCCCGUAAAAUUAGUUCGAUCAAUGGAAAUUUAGAUGAAAUUCAUAGGAAUUGUGAACAUUAUAAGGUGAAAAGGGCUGGAACUACUUACCAGAACAAUCAGACUAGUGCAGAGUACGGUAAUAGGCUAGAAUCAUCUCAUGGGAGAGAUCCAGAAGUCUUUGGUAGGGAGAAAGCAGUUAGGGAAAUACUGCAGUUCAUGAACCAAACACUUUCCCCUUCAUUACCUGUAAUUGCUUCUUCUGACGAAACAAAUAGCGUGUCUACAUUAUCCAUCGUGGGCAUGGGAGGUUUGGGCAGGACUGUGGUUGCCAAAUUGGUAUACAAAGAUGCACCCUCAAGCUUUGAGCUAAAAGCUUGGGUGUGCCUCUCAGAGAUUUUUGAUGUGUACAAGAUUUUAGGACAGAUUGUACAGUCGAUUACUGGCAAGCAUUAUGAUGAUCCAUCAAAUGUGCAUUAUGACAAUCCAUCAAAUGUCGAAGCCCUCACACGACAAGUCAGAGACAUGCUUAGCGGAAAAAAGUUUUUUGAUUGUUCUUGAUAAUUUAUGGAAUGAGUAUGAUAAGGAUUGGCAAAAGCUCAAGAGUUUCCUCGACUAUGGUGGCUGCGGAAGCAAGUUAUUGAUCACUACGCGCAGCCAAAAGGUUGCGGCUUUGGUCAGAGGUAACAUCUACAGUUUGGAUAGGUUAUCAGAUGGAGUUUGCUGGUCCAUUUUACAAAAGAAAGUAGGCGGAGCAGAAGAACUGACACAAAAUAUGAUCAGGAUUGGUAAAGAUAUAGCAACAAAGUGUAACGGGUUACCCCUUGCAGCAAUAUCACUUGGAAGUCAUCCUGGUUAGCAAUCUUAAACGAUAACAGCUUGUGGGAUGAGUCGGAGGAACACGAAAAGCUCAUUUUUCCAUACUGAAAUUAAGCUAUGAUUGCCUGUCUUCUCCUUUACAAACUUGUUUCUCGUAUUGUUGUAUAUUUCCAAAGAACUGGGUGAUAGAAAGAGAAAUGCUUGUUGGAUUAUAGAUGGCCGAAGGAUUCCUUACCUCAUCAGGCCGUGGAGGAAAGCCAGUAUCAUCUGAAGAUUUGGGUAAUGCAUAUUUUGAAAAUUUGGUUUGGAGUGGUUUCUUUCAAGACGUCGAGUUGGAUGCCUUCGGUGCUAUUCACAGAUGCAAGAUGCACGAUUUGGUGCAUGAUCUUGCAACCAGCCUUCUACAUCGUGAUGAGUUUAUGACUGUGAUGCUUGGAGAGAAGGAGGAAAAUAUCUCAAAGGUUCAUCGUGUACGGCUCCAAUCUGGUGAGGGAACUUCAGCAUCUCUUGAUCCGCUUACUAAUGCCACAAAAUUGCGCACAGUUAUAGCUCCCAACCAAAAGGGCUUUCCCUAUAUUGAUUCUCUGUUUCAGCAUACGUGCCUUCGAGUUUUGUGUGUUAACAACAGAGAUUGUUUCAGCAUAUGCUCACUCUCUUCGGAACCUGAUUUCUCCAACUUAUGGUCUACUCCGUCUAUUUCCAAUCUGACGCACUUAAGGUACCUAGACCUUUUGUUCACUAUAUUAUCUCCUAAGAUAUCGUUGAAUCAGUUAUACUUCUUAGAAACCCUAGUGCUGCGUAAGUGUUCAGGAAUUCCGAAAUGUCUUCUUAAUGAAAUAGGUUCAUUAAAACAUUUGAGGCACAUAGAUUUGUCGGCUACGGACAUUCAUGUCAUACCCGAAGAUAUCGAAGAGUUGGAAAAACUUUGAUACUUUAAUCUUUCAUCUACACUGAUCUCCAAGGUCCCCGACUCAGUCACUCGUAUCACCAACUUAAGGACGCUGGACUUGUACAACUGUAGUAGACUGGAGGCCUUACCUAGAGAGCUAGGAUCAUUGACAAGAUUAAGGCAUCUUCAUUUGAAGAAUAGUCGGGUCCAAGUUUUACCACCAUCAUGCAUCGACAAACUCUGCAAUCUGGAGCUGGUGACUUUGGGAGAACAUUGUGAGCUUCCAAAGGAAAUUAACAACUGGACGAAGCUCCGAAUCUUUAGGUACGACAGUUACGAUAAUAGAAAUAGAAUGCCUAAAGGUGUAGAUAGACUUACUGGCCUUGAAAAACUGGAUUACAUUGUUGAAAAUGGAAGUCCCAACAGUGGUAGUGGUGUCGAUGAUUUAGCAGACUUAAAUGCUCUUCAAGAUUUACUCAUAGUGAAAGUUGAGAACGUGAGGGGAGGAAAAGAAGGCGCCGAGACAGCAAGGCUAAAGGACAAGCAGCACCUUCGCUCUUUGCGUCUAUCUUGGCUUCCCAUUAGUGUAGAAGAAGAGAAGGAAGAGGAAGAAAAAACGCAAUACAGAAGCGUGGAUGAUACCUUGGUGUUGGAGGGUCUGCAGCCUCCCCCAGGUUUGUUACAUAUGGAUUCUCCGGUGCAAAGCUUUCAAAGUGGAUGGUUGGUUCUUCUCUAUCACUUUGCCUUCCGCAUCUGCGUUCGUUAACUUUACUAAGUCUUGGUAAAUGUGAGCAGCUUCCAGCAUUGGGCAUGCUCCCAUCUCUUGGGGUUUUGAUGCUUGGUGAUAUGAGAUCAGUGAAGCGUCUCGGUGAAGAGUUUUAUCAUCAACAAACAAAGCCGAAGGAGGACAGUUUUUUUUCCCUUGUUUAUAUUCAUUGAAUCUCAACUUGGAAAACCUAGUAGAAUGGGUUGCUCCUCCUUCUUCUUCUUCUUCUUCUUCUUCUUGUUUCCCUUCACUUCUACGAUUGGAGGUCAGAGGUUGCAAGAAGUUGAGAAAGUCACCAAUAACUUUGAUGGCUUCUCUUGAAGAAUUGUUUUUGCAUGAUAUCAACGAUGAUAUGGUAAACUCUUUGGUCAAGGAAGGAGGAGUAAGAAGUCUGACAGGACAUGCUUCUCUUGAAGAAUUGUUUUUGCAUGAUGAUAUCAGAGGAGUAAGAGGUCUGACAGGACAUAUUAUUAUACUUGAAUCUCCGGACUUAUUUUAUUUACCACCAGUGGGCGAACUAGUGCAACACAGCGCACAUCGUCUUAGCAUUUGCGGAUGCUCUAAUUUCCGAGGUUUCCGCAAUGAUGAGGUACUAAACAGCAGCAACAACAACACUUCUUUGAGAUGGCUGACUUUAGCGCUUUGCCCCGUCUUGACGGCUUUACCAGAUUUGCGACCGUUCACUACUCUCCGAAAAUUGUCUAUUCACCGAUGCAAAGAGCUAAGCAAGGAGUCGGUUCCCUAUGAUCUUAAGGAAUCUCUCUCAUUUGUUGAAGAAUUCGAUGUUGAUUUUCUUGAAGAAAAAACGACUCGGUGGUGGAAGUCCUUCCUUCCCUCGUGCAGUACCUGAUUGAAUUAUGGUUUUUGAGGCAUGUUGUUGCUGGUGUGCGGAAAUUAUCUUCUCUUUUGCAGUCGUCUUUGCACGUACGUCGCUGGGACUUGUGUAGUCUCCUUCUCUCUACUCUUCCUGAGUCCACUCCUUCAUCGCUCUUUGACCGUCAUAGCGGCAUAAUUCCCAUUACAUACCCUUCUCUCAACUUUUUUUUAUGUUCUCUGUUGCACUAAUUUUGUCUUCUGACUGGUCACUUUCUCUUCUUUGCUUUCUAAGCAUAUGCUUCUUAACUGCUAUCUUUAAUUUUGUGAUGUAUUCAAGAUUCUGAUGUAUUCUCUGCAUCCUCAAUGAAUUCUCUUUAUGAAUCAAAAUAGAAAAAAAUUUGUGUUGUUUUCCUGUUUU